UUUUUUCUUCACUUUUAUUUAAAAAUCUUUCUUUACUAUUUUUGUUGGUUGGCCAAAAAACGUGUUAUAUUUUAUUUUAUUUAUUUUCUCUACCUUUCCCUUCAAGUUUAUUUCCCAUUAUUUGCUAAAGAGAGAACUUGCGCCAACCGCACAAACAAUUCAAUAAUAUUUCCGUUUUUAAAAUUUCGAUUGAAAUUUCCCUCUCUUCUAUUUUAAAGUUACAGGCAAACGUCAAUACUUUUUAAAUUCCUCUUUUAAAUCCUUCUAAAUUUUUUUAAAAAUGUCAAAUACUACUAAAGAACAACAAAAACAACGUAGAAAAACAAUUCCUUUAAGACCUGAAAAUGCAAAUCCAAAUUAUUUAACUUUAAUUAAAGGUUUUGUUGGAAAGGAAUUGUCUAAAAUGGCAUUACCGGUAGAAUUUAACGAGCCACUUUCAAUGCUUCAACGCCAAACAGAAGAAUUAGAAUAUUCUUAUUUAUUAGAUUUAGCCUCAAAAAAAAAAGAUUUAUUUAAACAAAUGUCCUUAAUUUGUGUUUUUGUAAUUUCUGGUUAUUCUACAAUUUCUUUACGUUCAACAAAACCAUUUAAUCCUUUAAUUGGGGAAACUUUUGAAUGUGAUAGAAGAGAAGAUAAAGGGUGGAGGUCUAUUGCUGAACAAAUUUCUCAUCACCCACCAGGAUCUGCACUUUAUGUAGAAAGCAAUUCCUGGUCAUUACAACAAAGUUAUAUUUUAGAAUCGAAAUUAAAGGGUACAAAUAUUUGCCUUAAACCUUGUGGACAAACUUUAAUUAAAUUUAAAGAUGGAAAUACUUUUAGUUAUGGAAAGCUUUCAACUUCCACAAGUUUGGAUUCAAUAAUGAAUAACGGAAAUUCUAAAAAGAAUGGAAAUUCUUUGAAUGAAAAUAAAGUGGAAAUUAUUGGCCAAUUAAUUAUUACAGGCUCUAAAGCUAAAGCUGUUUUAACGUUUUUUGGUGAUUGUAAAAAAUCGGAACAAUAUUCUAAAAAAUAUGUAACUGGAAAGGUUUUUGACAAUGAAAAUAUUGAAAGGUAUAAGAUAGAAGCACAAUGGGAUAAAUGGGCAAAAAUUUUUAAAAUUGGAGAAGAAUCAGAAUUUGAAGAAAUUGUGUGGAAUUCGACAGAAUUACCUCCAAAUUCCAAUAAAAUGCAUAAUUUUACACAAUUUGCUAUUGAAUUAAAUGAAGAAGAAAUGGGUAUUGCACCGACAGAUUCGAGAAGAAGACCUGACCAAAGAUUGUGUGAACUUGGAGAGUUUGGGGCUGCUAAUCGUUUAAAAAAAUGCUUAGAACAGGCACAAAGGGAAAGAAUUAAAGAAAAGGGGAAAGAUUAUCAACCAAAAUGGUUUGUAUUGUUAAACGGACUAUCAAAAGAACAACAACUACCAUUUUAUAAAUUUACGGGUGAAUAUUGGAAGGCAAAAGAAACACAAAAAUGGGAUAAUUGUCCUGAACUGUUUGCUGUCUAA